CGGGGCGUGGGGGAGGCCGUCGCGCGCGGCCGGGGCGACGAUGGCGACCCCCGACCAGAAGUCGCCCAACGUCCUCCUGCAGACGCUGUGCUGCCGCAUCCUGGGCCGGGGUGAAGCUGAUGUAGCGCAGCAGUUCCAGUUCGCUGUGCGUGUUAUUGGCAGCAACUUUGCCCCAACUGUUGAAAGAGAUGAGUUUCUAGUAGCUGAAAAGAUCAAGAAAGAACUUAUUCGGCAGAGGAGAGAGGCAGAUGCUGCGUUAUUUUCAGAGCUUCACAGAAAGCUUCACUCGCAGGGGGUUUUGAAAAAUACUUGGUCAAUACUCUACCUCUUGCUGAACCUUAGUGAGGACCCUCGCAAGCAAGCAAGCAAGGUGUCUAGCUAUGCCUCAUUAUUUGCUCAGCCAUUGCCAAGAGAUGCCCAUUCAACUCCCUACUACUGCGCCCGGCCUCAGACCCUCCCCCUGAGUUACCAGGACCGGAGCACCCAGGCCGUGCCGAGUGCCGGCAGCGCGGGCAGCAGCGGCAUCAGCAGCACCAGCAUGUGCGGCCUCAGCGGCCCCGUGCCUGCGCCACAGCCUUUUCUCCCAGGACAGUCUCAUCAAGCUUCAGGAGUUGGAGAAGGCCUGCGGCAGCAGUUGGGGUCACGUCUUGCAUGGACUAUAAGUGCAAAUCAACCUUCUUCACAAACCCCUACCUCAAAGGGUAUCCCAAACUCUCUUUCUCGAAGCACACCAAGGUCGAGGAGAGAUGGGGACGCCACUGGUAUUACAGAAAUUACUGAAGCAGCCCUUGUGAGGGACCUUCUGUACGUCUUCCAGGGGAUAGAUGGCAAACAUAUUAAAAUGAGCAGCACUGAAGAUUGCUACAAAGUGGAAGGAAAGGCGAACUUAAAUAAGUCUGUAAGGGACACAGCAAUCAGACUUUCUGAGUUGGGAUGGCUGCAUAAUAAAAUCAGAAAAUACACUGACCAGAGGAGUCUGGAUCGUUCCUUUGGACUUGUAGGUCAGAGCUUUUGUGCUGCCCUACAUCAAGAGCUCACAGAAUACUACCGGUUACUCUCUGUUCUGCAUUCCCAGCUACAGCUUGAGGAUGAUCAGGGUGUGAAUUUGGGACUUGAGAGUAGCCUCACGCUACGACGCCUCUUGGUUUGGACGUACGAUCCGAAAAUAAGGCUGAAGACUCUUGCAGCACUGGUGGAUUACUGCCAAGGAAGGAAAGGAGGUGAGCUGGCUUCAUCUGUCCACGCCUACACAAAGACGGGAGACCCAUACCUGCGGUCUCUGGUGCAGCACAUUCUGAGCUUAGUGUCUCAUCCAGUUCUGAGCUUCCUCUACCGAUGGAUCUAUGACGGGGAGCUUGAGGACACGUACCAUGAAUUUUUUGUAGCAUCAGAUCCAACAGUUAAAACAGAUCGUCUGUGGCAUGACAAGUAUACUUUGAGGAAAUCAAUGAUUCCUUCAUUUAUUACGAUGGAUCAAUCUAGGAAGGUGCUUUUGAUAGGAAAAUCAAUAAAUUUUUUGCACCAAGUUUGUCAUGAUCAGACACCCACCACAAAGAUGAUAGCCAUGACUAAGUCUUCAGAGUCGUCUCGGGACGCUGCGGAUUUAUUCACAGAUUUAGAAAAUGCCUUUCAAGGGAAAAUUGAUGCUGCUUAUUUUGAGACCAGCAAGUAUCUGCUGGAUGUUCUCAAUAAAAAGUACAGCUUGCUGGACCACAUGCAGGCGAUGAGGCGGUACUUGCUGCUUGGUCAAGGAGAUUUUAUAAGGCACUUAAUGGAUUUGCUAAAGCCAGAACUUGUCCGUCCAGCAACGACUUUAUAUCAACAUAACUUGACGGGCAUUCUCGAAACUGCUGUCAGAGCAACCAAUGCGCAGUUUGACAGCCCUGAGAUCCUCCGGAGGCUGGACGUGAGGCUGCUGGAGGUCUCUCCAGGAGACACGGGAUGGGAUGUUUUCAGCCUGGAUUAUCACGUGGAUGGACCGAUUGCAACUGUAAGAUCAAAAUGUUUAAUGUUCACGGCUGUUUAUGUGCCAAGUAUUUUCUUGUUUAAAACUCGGUUCUGUAAGAACUUCUGGUUGCUGAUCAUGACACCUAGCAUGUACCCAAAUGGACAAGUACUAAGCCAAGAUGGAGUGUGUCUUAAAUAAUUGUUAAUGAGUGCUGAAAUGCUAUUACUUUAAUAAUUCUUAAAAAUACCAUUUGUUCUAUCAUAGGUUUUAGCACAUACUUAAUAAAUGGAGUGUUCAUUUUGUUCCAUUAUUCUUAGACUGUAGCAACUAAUUUAGGAUAAUUUGAAAGAAACUGUAAAGUGUAUUUUAGGGGAAUCAUAUUUGUACUACUUAGAAGAAAUUUGAUAUAUAGUAUUAAUUUCAACUGAUGAGAAAAUGGCUAUACUAUUGUUCAUCGUGCUUUUACUAACAGGAAGAAAAGUCCCAUCUCUCCUAACAGUCAAUUAUGAAAGGUUGGGCAGGAGAGUACCCUUUAUGUGUUUACAAUUUAAAUGCCUCUUUCUCUUGCUCAUUUUCUCUUUCUUGAAGGCUGAAUAAGUUCUUCUGACCACUGUAUAUCUCCUAAAACUGGUCCUAGUCAUUUUUAUAUCUGAAAUACUGAGAAAAGAAGUUGUAUUCUUUUUAAUUAUUGGAAAAAAUGUUCUGUGAAGAAGCAAUCUAGUUUGACCCAAGAUUUACUAAUCAUGUUCUUGUACAGUGUCUCACUGUUUUUCUCUUCCCCCUGUUAGGAUGGUUCCAGUUAAGCUCAGCUCACAGAUUUGUUACCAGCAGAUGCAUAAGACAAAUGUGUCUACUGUGGGCUGGUUGAAACUGGGGCAAAUUCCUUGUUAAAAAUUUGUCAUUUUAGUGUUUGACCACCAGAUCAAACCUACCACCAUUGAAAUGCAUAG